AUGGCAAAACUAAAAGACAUGUUCCCCGAGAACAAUGAGCUUGCAAGUUCUACAUACCAUACUAAAAAAAUGUUGUGUCCGAUGGGUUUGGAUGCAGAGAGGAUACACGUUUGCCCUAAUGAUUGUGUGUUGUAUCGAAAAGAGUACAAUGAGUUGCAAGAAUGUCCAAGAUGUGGGGAAUCUCGAUAUAAGGUGAGUGACAAUGGUGAUGCUACCAAUGAACCUGCCAAGGUACUAUGGUAUCUGCCUAUAGUUCCGAGAUUGAAACGCUUGUUCGCUAAUGCCAAAGAUGCUGAAAAUUUAACGUGGCAUGCUGACAAGCGCACAAAAGAUGAAAUGAUUCGACAUGUAGCCGAUUCCCCACAGUGGAAACAUAUUGAUGAUCAAUUCGAGGAAUUUGGUCGUGAAUCAAGGAAUUUGAGGUUAGGAUUAUGUACAGAUGGGAUCAACCCGUUUGGUAACAUGAGUAGCCAACAUAGCACAUGGCCUGUUUCGCUCGUGAUAUACAAUUUGCCACCUUGGCUAACCAUGAAGCGGAAGUACAUUAAGUUGUCAUUGUUGAUAUCAGGGCCUAAGCAACCUGGGAAUGACAUAGAUGUGUACUUAGCACCACUAAUUGAAGACUUAAAAAUGUUGUGGGAUGAAGGUGUGCCUGUGUUUGAUGCAUAUCGACAAGAGACUUUUACAUUGCGUGCCAUGAUAUAUUGCACAAUUAAUGAUUUUCCUGCAUAUGGGAAUUUAUCCGGUCACGUCACAAAGGGUUAUAAAGCAUGCCCUAUUUGUGAAAAUGAUACAAAAGCAAUUCAUUUAGAGAAAUGUAAUAAGCAGGCAUUUGAUGGAAAACCUGAGCAUAGAUCUGCCCCUAUUCCUCUAACAGGGAAGCAAGUCUAUGAACAGGUUAAGGACAUCAAUUGUGUAUUUGGAAAACCAUACAAAGCUACGACUGGCCAAGCUUGUUACAAAAAGAUGUCUAUAUUUUGGAGCCUUCCAUACUGGGAACAUUUGGAUGUAAGACAUUGUAUUGACGUGAUGCAUGUUGAGAAGAACGUAUUUGAUAGUCUUAUUGGCACGCUUCUAAACAUACCAGGUAAAACAAAGGAUGGAAAAAAUGCAAGGGAUGACAUGGUUAAAUUGGGAAUUCGACCGGAGUUGGAUGCUGUAAAGAAGGGAAAACGCAAUUAUUUACCUCCAGCUUGUUACACUUUAUCUAAAAAGGAGAAAAGGGUUUUAUGUCAGUCCUUACAUGGCGUGAAGGUUCCUCACGGGUAUUCCUCCAAUAUCCAGAGGCUUGUUUCGAUGAAAGACUUGAAAUUAACAGGCUUGAAAUCCCAUGACUGUCACAAUUUAAUGCAAGAGAUCUUGCCAAUUGCAAUCAGGUCUAUUUUGCCAAAAACAAGUAAAACACGCCUAUCAGUUGAUCACCCGAAUCAUUGA